GUUAUCGAUAUCUGUAAGACUCUGCCAUCCCUAGCCCUGCACCGGCAUUUACGACUCGUAAAAUUCAUAGCAAAUUCCACGUAAGAUUUACGGUACAAGAAACUCAAUCCAAGCAACCUAUUGGAAAUAGUCUGAAAUAGUCGGAAAAAUGCAGGGCUUGCGGAGCAGGGGAUUGUUGGUGCUAAUACCAUUCCUGGUGGCCUUACUCGGGUCGAGCGAAACUUCGGCUAGCGGAGAAGCUAUUAGGCCCGUUGGAGUCUCGUUGGCAAAGGCUGCUCUUUACCAUCCUCGAUCGGACAACAGUUGGACAUGCUUGGACGGCAGCCGAAGCAUACCCUUCACACAGAUUAACGAUGACUACUGCGAUUGUGCGGACGGAAGCGAUGAGCCGGGAACCUCUGCCUGUGCUCAGGGAAAAUUCCAUUGUUUGAACAAGGGCCACCAGCCGAUAGACAUUCCCAGUUCCCGGGUGCAGGAUGGCAUCUGUGACUGCUGCGAUGGCAGCGACGAGUCCCAAUUGGUGGCUUGCCCCAACACCUGCCAGGAGCUAGGAGCAGCGGCUGCGGUUCAGCGCAGGAACGAGGCUGAGCUCUUCAAGAAAGGUGCAGAGCGUCGCCAGGAGUUGAUUACCCGCGGCAAGCAAAUGCGGUCUGAGCGUGAAGCCCGCCGCCUGGAACUGGAUCAACGUCUUAAGGAGCAAGAGCUUCUCCGAACCGAAAAGGAUCAGCUGAAGCAGAAUGCUGAAGCUUUCGAAACGGAGGCCAUCGAUGCCUUCAAGGAGCAGCAUCGGGAACUGGAUACGGAUACCGCCAAGGCUGAGGAGGAACCUAAAGAGAUGCGCAAGGAGGCCUCGCUUAGCUUCAUAGAAUACGACACCAACACGGACGGCUUUGUGGAGGUGACUGAACUCAUGGUGGACAUGGUUUUGGACAAGGAUCGUAAUGGCGUCGUUACCAAAGAGGAGGCCAGGUACUUCCUGGACGAGCGCGACCGCGUGGACUUGGAUGCUUUCAUUACUUUAUCGUGGCCAAGGAUUAAGCCUUUGAAGAUGCUCGCCGAGGGUCUGUUCAAGCCCCCCACACCGGAGGAUACUACUGGAGAUGCAGGAGCAGACCAGCAGCCAGAAAUUGAGACUGAAAAAAUCAAUCCAACCCCUCCGCAUCUAACUGAUGAACAAGCGGAUCUGGCCGGUGACGAUGACGUCGAGGCUGACGAGGAGGGCGAAGAGGACCAGUACGAUGACGAAGAGCCCGAUGUUGGUGUUGGAGAGGCCACCCCAGACGUGGAGGAUGUUAAGCCACCUGCCUAUGACCCGGAGACUCAACGUCUGAUCCAGCAGGCUAAUGAGGCGCGCAAUGCUCUGGAAGAAGUGGAGCGCAGCAUUCGGGAGAUAGAGCAUGAGGUCAAGGAGAUCGACGAGCAGAACGCCAAGGACUAUGGUCCCAACGAAGAGUGGGCUGUGCUGGAUGGGGAGUGCUAUACCUACGAAGAUCGCGAGUACGUUUAUACGCUGUGUCCCUUCGACCGGACUUCCCAGAAGUCGAGAAGUGGCGGAGCCGAAACCACUCUAGGACGGUGGGAGCAAUGGAUCGGCCAGCCCAAGAAGUAUUCCCAGCAAAAGUAUGCCAACGGUGCCGCGUGCUGGAAUGGCCCCACACGUUCUGCCGUCAUAAACAUCAAGUGUGCCCUGGAGCCAAAGAUCACUGCCGUCAGCGAGCCCAAUCGCUGUGAAUACUACUUUGAGUUCGAGACUCCGGCUGCCUGCGACAGCGAAGCUUUCCAGGCUGAAACGGAUAACCUGCACGACGAACUCUGAAAAGGCCACACCAAGAAGCGCAAGGCGGAAAGGAGGAGGAGUAGAUCAGCAAUUUGGGGAUCGUAUUUUAGUUGUAAACGAAGAACAUUAUUUUGUCGAGAUCAUUCCUAAGCUGAGGCAGGAGGAACAUCAUCAAGAAUGUAGCGAAUUAAUUCAGUGUACGCAUUUAAGAGAGAGAGUAAAACGUUUCAUUUUGAAUAAAGUGUAAACAACUAGUAUUUUUAAAUGAAA